AUGAUGCAAACGACUAUGUCCCGGUUUGGUCUUCGUCCAGGCGACAUUCAGGCUCUUGCUCUUGACGGCCCACCCAUGCCCGAGAUAAACCCUGGGACGCAGUCUACAGCAGACAAUGUGGAUAAGCAGUCACUGAUACGGUUGCAGCAAAAUGCGAAUUCCCUUCGAGUUCCGCUACAAUUGUCUCAUCAGCAUCAGUUAGCCCAGUCAAAUCUACGUUCUGCUCAUAUGAGGUCCGCUGCCAUCCCUACCGAUCCUCAGAAUUGGAGUAUUGCUGGUCAAAAUAAUCGUGACUCGCGGAAAUCAAUGUACUCAUCCGAACCGUCGCGACCAAAUUUGCAAGCCAACAGUGGAUUUACAACGUUGCCAAUGCCUGCUGUUACUUUGAUUUUCUUGCGAUUUUUAUUAGCUGACGGAGUUUUGCGACUUCCGAUUUGUCCUCCGUUGCGUUUCGAGGAGUCUCCAUUCUACAAAGUUUUGGACGUGAUCAUCCAUCCCACCAUAAUGACACCUUCUGCAUACAACUUCACACCCGGCAAGCGAAUUUACGAACGUCUGCUUGAUUUUCGCAUCAAUUCAGACCAAGCAGAAACCAUCACUUAUCAUAGUCAUCGGCUGGACGGCAAUCGCAGAGAUUUUGGUGUGCAAGUGCUGAUGCGUUUUGGCAAACUUGAACCUUCUCUUCUAUCGGAAGUUGUUGCAGCCUCGACUUCGGACUCAAAGAGAUCCACUCUGGCGCCCUUUGUUGACAGCAUGCCCAUUCAUCUCAAUAUUUUCGUAAAUGUAAAGCAGGCUACUCUCCCGCCGUUGCUCCCAACCUGCAGACCCAAUAUGGACGGUCGGCGCUAUGCUCGGCCGAUCAACAUUACGCCACUGUUACGUGUGUCUCCGUCUGUAUCCAACCAUGUGAAACUGUCUUGGUCGCACGAUUACUCAACCUUUUCCUACAACUUUUUUGCGAUAUACCUCGUCCAAAAGCACUCAACCAAGGAACUAUGCGAGGCUCUUCGAACUCACGCCUAUCGGUCCGCUCAAGUUGUCCAGAAGCAAAUAGUGGACAAGCUUGCCUCCACCGUCACAUCCUGUAGCGUUGGCAGCGGCGGUGGUAUGGUAGAAGAAAGCGAUGAUGACGAUCUGCAAAUUCAGAACACCCUGCCUGUGCAACUGCUGUGCCCUCUCUCCAAGUGCCGCAUAAAGUUGCCUGUUAGAGGUCAAAGAUGUCAGCACAUCCAGUGCUACGACGCUGACACUUAUCUCCUCAUUAAUGAGCGAAAGCCCGCAUGGAAAUGUCCCGUUUGUGACAUUCUGGCCCCUUUCCACGAACUAUUUGUCGAUGGCCUCCUCUUAAAUAUAUUGGCCUCAAAAGAGUCUCAAGACGUGGAGGAGAUAGUUUUCAACGAAGAUGGGUCCUGGACUACGAUGAGGCCCGUUUGUGCUAGUGAAGUCUCUUGCAGAUCGGAUGGAACCUCUUCACCCUCCUCUGUUUUGAAUGGUGACGGCACUUGUCUUCAAUCUUCCUCUGGUCUGAAAAGAAGUUCUGCAGGAAGCGCCAAUGCCAUUGCAUGCAAUGAGAAUGCUGGUGACGCGGAAGUGAUGAUCGACUUGACAGAGUCUGAUGACGAAGACGAACCGACAGCAAAGCGUCUGCCACCCCAGUCCUUUCCACCACCUCCGCCUUCUGCACCAUCAUCACUUCCACCAUCGACCUCAUCACAAGUACCCUCGGUACAACGAAUGUCUUCGGUCUCCCUAACGCCUCAUGAUAGUCUUUCAACUCAUCACACUGUCCCUUUGCAACAUCACUACCCCAACCAACAGCUACAUCACCGGGCAGGUUAG